GUUUUUCUGGGCUCCUCUGGCCUGUCACAUUCCCGGGCUACCGUUGAGUUUUGGUGUCCCGUCCGUGCCGUCCAGUGCAGGGUCGGAGUGAGUGGCCUUUUCAACACAGCUGCAGGCCAUCCGUCAUCUUUCAGUUCCUUCCACCUCAAACCCACCGCGCCCACUUCCGCUUCCGUUUCCUGUUUGUCUGAGCGCGCGCGUCUGUAAUCCAACUAAACCUACGACUCAUGACUUCGCCGUGCAACUGCGACUGCGAGCCCUGAGUUCGAGUCCGCAUCGAUGCCGCAAUUGCAAACCAUCUGCUCUGAGCUGCUGAGCAGGUAGCCAACCUGAGCGCGGUGGGCACACCGAACAGCGAGGAGUAGCGACCGCUGUCAGUCCUUCCUGUCUUGGCGCAUCUUGCAUGACCGCAUCCUGGACUCGAACACUGCAGUGGACAAUCUCCCUUCGACGGAAAAAAAAUAUACAGCCAUGAGUUGGACCGUCUUCUUGUUGAUAUACCUCUUCGGAGGCCUUACCUUUCUGCCAUUGUUGGUGGCUUGCGCUCUACUUCAUGCUCACCUUACGUUUCCUUACCGCCCAGAUGCCGUCCAGCACCACGACCCAGAAGCCGACGACUUGAUCCAGCCUGGUGACGAUCUUGAUGCGCUCAAGGCGGAGCAAAAGAAGGAUGGAAAGCCCCGGGUGACCCAUCACGACGAUGGUGUCGCUUCUGGGUAUUUUGCAGUUUGCCGCGAGUAUACGCCCAUGGGAAUCAACGCGAAGCCUAUCGAGCGGUCGACACCUGUCGGCUCCACCACCGUCGCCGCUCCCAGUCCCAGUGUCUACCAGACAAUGUAUCGGAGUAUAUUCGAUCGCAAGUCCACCGGUCCCAGUCCCAUCGACCACAAGAACGGUCCUAGUCAGCGCCCUAAGAAGGCCGGCAAUGUCUUUUAUGUUGUCCUGAGACACGGCCAUCUCAUGCUCUUUGACGAUGACGAACAACUCGAAGUACGGCACGUUGUGGCGCUGGCGCACCAUGAAGUCAGCAUAUACUCCGGCGAGGAAGUUACUCCUGAGGGCGAGCUGUACAUCAAGCGCAACGCUAUACGUCUCUCGCGAAAAACAGACGGGCUGGAAAUAGGACCGGAUAGUCAGGUCUCGAAACCUUUCUACCUCUUUUCCGAAAAUUGCUCUGCGAAGGAAGACUUCUACUUUGCUCUGCUACGAAAUCAGGAACAGCAGGCCCUGGACACGGAAAGCGAUAUCCCAUCUCCUAUCCAGUUUGAGGUCAAGAACAUUAUCAACUUGGUACAGAGACUGCACUCGUCAGAAGAACACAUGCAAACCCGUUGGCUCAACGCGAUGAUUGGGCGCGUCUUCUUGGGCAUCUACAAGACCAAGGACAUAGAGAACGCGAUACGGGAGAAGCUCACAAAGAAGAUUUCUCGAGUUAAAAGGCCGGCAUUUCUAUCCAACAUUGCUAUCAAAGGUAUCGAUACCGGAGAGUCAGCACCCUUUAUCACGAAUCCACGGCUACGAGAUCUGACCGUUGAGGGUGAAUGCUGCAUUGAGGCAGAUGUACGAUACACUGGCAACUUCCGCUUGGAGGUUGCGGCGACAGCCAGGAUUGAUCUAGGCGCGCGAUUCAAAGCACGAGAGGUUAAUCUUGUCCUUGCCGUGGUUGUACGGAAACUCGAAGGUCAUAUCUUAUUCAAAAUCAAGCCCCCACCCAGUAAUCGCCUAUGGUUCUCUUUCCAACAGGCACCAAAGAUGGAGAUGACAAUCGAACCUAUUGUCAGCUCUAGACAGAUUACCUAUACCGUUAUUCUCCGCCAGAUCGAGAAGCAAAUCAAGGAGGUUAUGGCCGAGACCCUUGUCUUACCCUUCUGGGAUGAUAUGCCUUUUUUCAAUACAGAGCACAAGAAGUGGAGAGGUGGUAUCUUUCAUGAUGACACCGUCGUCUCAACCAUGGAUUUGGAAACAGCUGCGGCUCAAGAAGGCGAUUUGGACGAGGUGGAGCGAUUGGAGGGUACUCAAGACGUUCACGAACCCGAUCUGCCGCACGUGGAAAAAAGCCACAGCAUGCCUACUCUCGACAAGAAACCGUCAAUUAGCCUUUUUGGGCGGAUGACAACGAAAGCGAAGGGGGACCCUGUCUAUUCUGCAUCUACGACCUCAUUGAGCACGAACAAUCAAAACGAGCUCAAGACCGAUACGAGGAGUGAAACUUGUAUACCACCUCCGAUUCGGGUGGUUUCGAUCACUCAUCCUCCGACGCCAACGGUUAGCACAGACGCCAUCAAUGCUGACGUCUUCAAACCAUCCUCGUCACCACCGGACGAAAGCCUUGCUGCAUCAGCGAUGGCAACGUUGUCUGUCCAGGCACAUUCUCCAGCACGACCACAGCCGCCUCACUCGCCCCUGAGGCCGUCCGUCAUACCCAAGUUAUCAGACCAGUCUUCCGGGUCCUCUUCUUCUGAAGCUGUGGAUGCGGAAAAAGAUUUGCAGGACUUUGAUAAAAAGAACCAGGCAAGACGAAACACAGCCACAUCCGCAGGCAGCCAGGAGGAAAGCAGGACGAGGUCUCCAGCUUCGUCGAUAAGGGGGUCUGUGAAAAGUCAAACUGGGACCAUCAAGGGUAUUUUUGCCCGGCGAGAUACUGUAUCAUCGACAACAGGAGCACCCACGCCAAAUCACCCAGACUCUGCGAAAAAGACUGCCUUGGCCGCCGCUUUUGUUACCAACGCGGCUGCAUCUGCCAAGCGUUGGGGGCUCAAUGCGUUCCAACGACACUCGAACAACGAUGGGACACCGGGUAGGAGUGCUUCAUUCACCGAUGAUCAUCCAUCGGUGCUGGACUUGAAUCAGCCUAUGGGACGUGGGCAGCCGCUUCCGCCUCCAGGAACACCACUUCCGAUGCCAGACAGAAGGUUGAAGGCAACAUCCAUCAGUAUCCCGAGACGCAAACCGAUACCGCCUCCAGAUCAAUCACUGCAGCAACGUAAACUGAGCACGCCAGAAGACCAUGAUCACAAACCCGAACGCCGCCCUGUACCACCUCCCCCUCUCCCAAAACGUCGUCAAUACCGAGCUGAGCAGCAACUCGACGAUGACGGAAAUACUGUGAACAUGCUUGUAGUCGCGGCUCCUGCGGAGUCAGAACCGACUACACCUAUGAGCGAGGCCCAUGAAACAUCACCAAUUAAGCCUUCAUCAGACACCGUUAAAAGCAAAAACCAAAGUGGAAUUAGCAGUUCUGCGACAGAAGGACCUGUCGGUUCGAAGUCGCCCCCCAAGCCUUUGACGCCAUCAAUCCGUAAUACGCAGACUACAGGCCAGGAAAAUCACGAAGACGUGAAAGCGCUAUCGCUUGAAGUUUCAGCGCCUAAUAAUGAUGACGAUGAGUUCUCGGCUUGGAUGGAUGACGCCGGCCCGGUUGAAGAUACUGACGCAGCCCCGGCUCCUACAGUUAACGGCAGCGUUGGCGAGAGGGCAUCGCCUUGAUUGUGAGAUAGACCGGCUGGUACCUCGCAUAGGAGUUCCACUUGAGUAUAGUAUUGAUGCGGGCUUUGCUGGUGGGAAUCACAGUACAGCGAGGAGAACCGGAUAUAAUACUAUAAAUUUGUAUUUCUGUUUCAUUAUGCCAAAGAACACCAUCGGGUCGCGGUGUCAGACGUUCAGUAACUAUCAUAGCACUUUAGGUGAAGAAGUAUCGAUUCAUGUGUCACCGCUUGAUGCCGUUCCUUGGAAGGUGAACGGCGUGUUAGGUGACCCUGCUUUCGAUUCUUGGCCUUCGACAAACUGCCUACCUAUGCGCUCUUCAUCUUCACCGUUGAUGACGGGUAACAAGCCGCAUUUAUCGUCGAUGCCAUAGUACAGGCAUAAUGGAAACAUUACAAAGCACGAAGCAAUGGUAUUCAGCUUCCUUUUAGCUUGAAAGUUCGUCUACAAAUCCGGCAUGAGGCGAAAGAACUACUUGGAAAUGGCCUCCUCACAUGCCUCGGCAACUCAUGUCAAGAAAUUUGCGACAUCUUCAGGAAUUGUUCGUCUCUUCAUAUCGGAUUUGGAUGGCAAACCAUGUUUCGCUAACAGCAUGUCGGAUAUGGUGAACAGCAGAGUGUGCUUUUUAUGCUUAGCUUCCAUUUUCUUUCUAGUAUACGAAUAACCCAAAUCUUCACCAGAGCAUCAUUACCGCGAAACCAUAUAUUUCGUCUCAUUCCGGACAUCCCCGACAUUCCACGGGUGUUAUCCCGGUGACGAACAGGAUUCGACAAACAUAUGUAUGUGCUUGCCUGACAUCAUAUGUGAUAACCCAGUUCGACCUUGUGUGGUAAUGAGCGAGGAAAAAUGUCGAAAUGUAGAUGUGGAAAAGCAGCAGGGAUUCACAUAAAUCAUCCAUAACCACGUGGAGGACGUCCCGAUUGAGAUGAGUUCGGAGUUUCUAACCGAAUCAUCGAUCAGCAUCAACAGCUAUGAAGCUCACCACCACAGUCAUCUUCAUGGGACUCUUGACCGGCCUCGUCGCCGCUCCCCGAAUUCACGCCCUGUCCGCAACCCAUAUAGAUGUCUGGCAUCAAUAGCCACGGCAAUCUUGGUUGUCCC